AUGGGAGUUCAUCAUGUCAUGGGAACCGGUAAAUACUUGGGGCUUCCAUUUAUGAUAGGGAAGAGCAAGAGCUCUAUUUUUUCCUUUAUUAAGGACCGUAUUUGGAAUUGCAUCAACUCUUGGAAAGGGCGGUCUUUAUCCAAAGCUGGCAAAGAAAUCAUGAUCAAAUUGGCUCUACAAGCUAUACCGGCUUAUAUCAUGAGUAUCUUUAUCCUUCCGGAUGUGGUGGUAAAUGAGAUUGAGAGGAUGUUGAAUUCUUUUUUGUGGGGUGGAAGAUCUAAUAGCAAAGGGAUAAGGUGGAAGGCUUGGGAUAAACUGACUUGUUCGAAAGAUGUGGGUGGCUUGGGUUUUUAG